UAUUUUGUGGGUUUGUUUAGAUAAUUUUUAUUAUAUGUAGCGAUAACCUCCGAAAUGUGAUAGCAAAACCUCUUUUUUCUAAGAGAAAAAUUGAUUAUGUAUUAAUAUGAUUUUGAAGCAACCCUGUUGAAAUGUGCAAGAGAGGAAUAACAAUGGCACAAUCUGUUUGUUUAUUCAGUUUAAUUAUUCUCUUAGUAGUAUUUGGGUAUGUAAGUUUUGCCCUUAAUCUAAAUAUCUCAUCUAGUGACGACUAUAGCUUCAAAGUUGGAACUGCGUCUAAUUCUGUUACAAUGGUUACACUGCUCUUCAGGCAUGGUGAUAGAAAUCCUACGGAAACAUAUGAAAAGGAUCCUCAUAAAAAUUAUACAUGGGUUGGUGGUUACGGGGCCUUAACUAAGAAGGGUAUAAAACAAAUGUAUAUGUUAGGUAAAAUUAUGAAUAGACGAUAUAAACAUUUAUUGCCAGAUGAACCAUAUAGUAAGACUGUAAUUACUGUUGAUAGCAGUGCUGCAGAUAGGUGUUUAAUGAGCGCUGCAUCAUUUCUAAGUGCUUUUUGGCCUCCACCGACGGAGUGGAUAUUGCCAAUUGAAUGGCAGCCUAUACCAAUUCAUUACAGUUCCAGAACAGAAGAUUAUUUAUUAGCUCAAAAGAAAAAGUGUGAACGAUAUGAAUCAGAAUUAAAAGAAACAUACAUAAAUGAGACAUUAGAAGAAUCCUUUGAUAUAAAUUUUGAUGGAUUUUACGACAUGCUUACACAUCAUACUGGGCAAAAUGUAACUAAUAAGCUGGAUGUAGAAUUAUUAUUUAAUAUUUUGGAUAUUGAGCACAGUAAUGGAUUAGAACUUCCUGAAUGGACUAAUUCAUUGUAUCCAACAAGACUGUUAAAUAUUGCAAAGAAAAAUCUUCAAUUGUUGACAAAUACACAUUUUAUGAAGAGAAUUAAAGGAGGUUCUCUUAUUGCUAAUAUGAUACAAAAAAUGCAAUCACAUAUAAAAAACAGUGAAGGUACUAUUGCUAUAUACUCUGCGCAUGAUGUAACCCUAGUAAAUUUCUUGAGAGCCCUAGGCUAUGAUGAAUUGCUAAAACCAGAUUAUGGUGCGACAAUUGCCUUAGAGUUGGAUCAAGUAGCUGGAGUAGCACCCACAGUACAGGUUCUAUACUUCAAUGAUACUCAGACAACAGUACCAACAAUAAUUCCGAUAUCAUCGUGUUCUGAUACAAAACUGUGUACUUUAACCGAAUUCAUUCAUCACCUGGAAGUUGUGACAGACAUACUGCCUAGUAAUAAUUGGAAUGAUGAGUGUAAAAUAACAUGAGUGUUUACUGUAUUAUAAAUGUCUUCCAGUAUAUUUAUUAUACAUCCAGGUGAUGAUAUUUAGUUUAUUGAUUGAUGCAUAUUUAACUAUAUAAAUAAGCAUAUUGAACCAUAUGUAAUUGAAGUUUAAACACAUUAUGUAUAUAUAUUAUUUAGGUUUAAAGA